AUGCAGCUGAUCGGUUUUAGAGCGCGACAUGGUGCUCUUACAAGACACAUGACACCUUCCAUUUCAAAUGCAUCAUUGCCUGGUAAAGUGGAAUCAAAUACGGAAAGUAUGCAAACAUUGGUGAAUGCUCAAAAUAAACUUGUCAGCAAGAUUCUGAACGUGGCCACAAAUAUUUCUUCUGAACUCUUAGGCUCUGGUGCUGUGAAGUUUGUUCAAGGUGAAUGCAAAUUGAAAAAUGGCGUUCUGGAAAAGGUUGCAGCUCAUUAUCAGGUAGUUGCUUGGGGUGCAGUGUCAAGUAUUUUGGAUCAUGUCGUUCUCUGGUGGUCUCCAGGGGCACUCGCAACGCGUCACAGUCAAGGUGCUCUGCAUCUUAAAGAUUGGCUUCAUCAGUUCAUCCAAGCCAGCAAUGUACCACCCAUCGUGCUUCCUGCGCUGCAAAACCUCUGCGAUGCACUUGGUCAUCACGUGACAACCACGGCAUGGGAUCAACUGUUUAGAAGUGCAUAUACAUCUGCAUUUAACUGUCAAUCUUCAUCAUUAUCAACUGAGAUCAUACAAAUAUGGAGUGGAAUUCCUCAAGUGUACCAACCCCAAAAGAAAGGUCCUCUGAUCGGGCUAAAAAUUGGUCUAAUUGUUGUACUAUUGAGUGGUACUACUCACAUCAAAAAUGAUUCAUUUCGGCACAUAUAG